GACAGUAAGCUUGCGUUUGAUUUAUUUACGUAUGCUACAUCCUGUAUCAAUCUAAACCACCGUGGAGAGACAGAUGUGCCAGCCCAGGGGGUUCAAGAGUGCAGCAGUUCCUAUAUAAGCGAUCGGUUAGAAUACCAAUUAUCAUUUCCAGUAGUUCUUGGGGUUGUGUAUCCCAUCAACCUACCGCCAAGAUGCUGUGGAUCGAUAGCAGGGCCGCUGCAAAGCUGUCUCUUUACUUAGCACUUCUGGUCGCUUUCCACAAGGCAAACGCAUGCGAGAGCGACAUUGAGUUUAUGUGUGAAACGAGUGGACUGUGCCUGCCCGUUGACUGGAGAUGCGAUGGCCAAUAUGACUGUCUAGAUGAAUCAGAUGAAAGAAACUGUGAUGGGUAUUAUAGAAGUUGCGAUGAAGAGACCGAAUUCAGAUGCAGUCGCACCAGCUGUAUACCCAAGGGCUGGCAAUGUGAUGGUGAGGAAGACUGUGUAGAUGGCACCGAUGAAGAUACAGCCACCUGUUCAGAUUUAUCUUGUGACAGCACUCAGUUCCAAUGUGGUUCUUCUAAGUCAUGUAUUUCAAGUGCUUGGCAGUGUGAUGGAACUGAAGACUGUGAAGAUGGCUCUGACGAGACGAAUUGCACAAAGAAAAUGUGCCAAGAAAACGAGUUCCAGUGUUUGAAGUCUACCAAAUGCAUCCCUUCGAGAUGGACUUGCGAUGGCGAUAAUGAUUGCGAUGAUGAAAGUGAUGAGCAUGACUCAGUGUGUAAAGACCAGACUCCAAAUUGCCCUGGGAAUGAAAGAAGUUGUGGUAAUAGACAAUGUAUUCCUGCAAUAUGGUGGUGUGAUACUGAAGAGGACUGCAUAGAUGGUUCUGAUGAAGCUAACUGUGAUGCAACUACCGAAGUCCCUACUGAUCAGACUGAAGAGGUUAUCACAUGCUCCGAGUCUCAGUUCCAGUGCCUGCGGACGCCCCCAACGUUGUGUAUUCCCAUGCAAUGGGUUUGUGAUGGUGUCGCUGAAUGCUCUGAUAACAGUGAUGAAGAUCCUGCAAGAUGCAACGCAGAGACCACAGAGAGUCCUUGUUCAGGUGAACUGAUGUUCGCCUGUAACAGUGGAAUGUGUGUUUUGAAAGCUUUCGUGUGUGACGAUUCUGAAGACUGUGAUGAUGGGUCAGAUGAAGUAGGGUGUGACGUUGAACCAGUAAACCCUUGUGGAGAUCGACAGUUCAACUGCCAGUCUGAGGGCAAAUGCAUUCCAUCUGCGUGGGUUUGUGACGCGGAUAGGGAUUGCUCUGAUGGUUCAGAUGAAGACUAUUGUGAGGAAGCAUCGUGCCAAGAAAACGAAUUUCGGUGCAAGUCAAACGAGUGUAUCCGAAAGCAAUUCGUCUGCGAUGGAGAUCCAGACUGCCGUGAUCAGAGUGAUGAGGAAACCGAACUAUGCAGAACCGAUGUGCCGGCCGUGGUUUUACCAAUUUGCCCCACAGAUCCUUCAAAGUUUGUCUGCGGGAGUGGUGGGUUGUGCAUCUUCAAGGCGUGGUUGUGUGACUCGGAAGGGGACUGCUCAGAUGGAUCUGAUGAAGAAAACUGUGGGUCAGAAGUCUCGUGUGCCGUCGGUGAAUUCCACUGUUCAUCCAAUCACAUCUGCAUCCCUGAGGAAUCACUUUGCGAUUCCAGACUAGACUGCAUUGAUGGACAGGACGAGAUGGAGUGCCCUAGUGGAUGGACUAGUACCCCGCCUCCUCAGACCACGACAUGUCCCAGUGCAUCCGAAGUCAUGUGUGGGAGCGGGGAGUGUAUUUUCAGAGCCUGGUUGUGUGACCGGGAAAAUGACUGCGAGGAUGGCUCAGAUGAGCAGAAUUGUGAUGGCACGUAUUGCAACAUGGCAACAGAAUUCCAGUGCCAGAAUGGGCAGUGUAUUCCUGUGAGUUGGAAAUGCGACAAUGAUCCAGACUGCUUGGACGAGUCAGAUGAGGGAACAAGCGUCUGUCAAGACCAAACAUGUUCUGAUGAUGAGUUUACCUGUGAUGAUGGAUCCUGCAAGCCAUUUUCAGUUCGCUGCAACGGCGUUCAAGACUGCUUUGGAAACUCCGAUGAGAAAGACUGCUCAGGUGUUUGUCCAGCACCAGAUCGGUUCCGGUGUCCAAACAAUUCUUCUUGCAUCUUGACCUCUCAGCUUUGCGAUGGCAUUGAUGACUGUCAAGGCGGGGUUGAUGAAACGGAGUGCACUAUUCAGGCAUGUAGUGAUGACAAUGGAGGUUGUGGAAGCAGACAGUGCAUUGACGUCCCCAAGGGUUACUACUGCAAAUGUGGAGCAGAGUAUCAGAUCACUGAGAAUGGAUGUGAAGAUAUUGAUGAGUGUGCACAAUCCGCAGACAGCCUUUGCCCAGGCAUAAUCUGCACCAACAGAGACCCAGGCUACAUCUGCGAGUGCCCCCAUAUUAUGUCAUAUAAUGUCGACCUGGACAACCGGACCUGUGUAUUUUCCAACCCUUUACCACCUACGCUCCUUCUAGCAGACCGUACCGCAAUCAGAAAACUGAAUGGUUUUAAUCAGACUGUUGAGCUUUUUGCCGAUGGGAUACCAGCCGUGGCCAUUACAUAUGACCCUAGUGAGCACGCUGCUUAUGUGAGCGAUGUUGCAGCUGGAAAUAUUUACCGGAUUAGAUUAUCUGAUGGCUCUGAUGACACCCAGCAAGUAAUUAUCAAUGAUACUUUAACAUCAGACGGCUUGGCAAUUGACUCCAUCUACGGUAAUCUGUACUGGACUGACACAGGCGACGAUACAAUCAAUGUUGCUAGAUGGGACGGCAGUUUCAAGAAGACGCUUAUCAAUGAAAAUCUAGAAGAACCUCGAGGAAUUGUGGUUGAUCCACUUGAAGGGUACAUGUUUUGGACAGACUGGGGUUCGACACCCCACAUUGGACGAGCUGGUCUCGAUGGUCAAGAUGCGGUUACCAUAGUAACUGAAGGUAUCGAAUGGCCUAAUGGUAUAGCUCUCGACUAUGAUGAGCAACGAAUCUUCUGGGCUGAUGCUAGGCUGAGACGAUUAGAGUCGUCAGAUAUCAACGGGAAUAAUCGACAUGUUAUCCGGGAUACUGAUAUCGGACACCCUUUUGGUAUCGUCGUACAUCAGGCAAAUGUCUACUGGACUGAUUGGGACACUAGUGCAGUGUUAACGGCAAAUAAGUACAAUGGAGAGCGAAUGGAAGUCGUCUCUGAUGGCUUUGGCAAUCCAAUGGGUUUGGCAUCAAUGGACCAUCGCUUUAUGGAUUUAACUAAUUUCUGUGAAAGCGCUGGUAAUCCAUGUUCCCAUCUAUGCUUGAGAUCCCUCAGUAACCAACAGGGGUUUUUAUGUGCCUGCCCAACGGGUACAACGCUUGCAUCCGAUGGAGAAACCUGUCUAUGUGAAGAUGGGGGGUGGCUUAUGGAGGAUGGAGUCAGUUGUGAUGAUACAAACGAGUGUUUGUCCACACCCAGCCCAUGUCCUGCUGGUAUUGGAUGCAUCGAUUCUAAAGAGGGUGUACGUUGUAUCUGUCCUAAUAACUAUUACCUCGUUGAAGAACACACCGGGCCAACAUGCCUCUUCAGCUUUCCUACCCCACCCCCACUCCUUCUGGCUGAUGGGCAGCGUGCCCUCUUUAUUGAUACACUUCUGGGGUCAGUUCGGGGAGGGGUACAGAGGUUGAUCCAUGCUACUGCGGUGGCUUACGAUGACCAGCCUGGUAACGAGGGAAUAUACUUGAGUGAUACUGGAAGUAAUAUCAUCAAGAGAGUGCAGUUUAUCAGUAACACAGAAGGCAACACUAUAACCAUCAAGGCCCACAAUGGGGCAGUUUUCGGUAUAGCGUUUGACUCAAUUCAUCGUUAUCUGUACUGGGGGGACGCUCGAAAGAACAUCAUUGGUAUAUCAACCUGGAAUGGUAGCUACACCGCGACACUUCUUACAAGACAAGAUGGAAUUGGUACACCGAGAAGUAUUGCUGUGGAUCCCCAAAAUGGGUACUUGUUCUGGACUGAAUACGGCGCUCGAGUGGAUUACCCUAAAAUCAAAAGAGCAGGACUCGAUGGCAGUAAUAUGACAGAGAUUGUAUCAACUGACCUUCAAAGGCCAACCAGCCUCACAUAUGAUGCCUCUCUGGAAAGUAUAUACUGGGUGGACGCUGGAUCCCAGACCAUUGAGACGUCCAAGUCAGAUGGAAGCGAACGUCGAGUCCUCAUGACGGAAAUGUCAAGACGACCGUCCGGGAUCGCUGUUUACCAAGACACCGUUUACUGGACCGAUAUAAGCAAAACCUCCCUGUUUUCAGCAAACAAAUUUACUGGGAGUAGGAUAGACGUGGUCAUCAAAAACCUGUUAAGACCAAUGGGGCUAGCUGUUGCAAUUCCAGAUGAAACAAAUGCGCCAAAUGCCUGUGAAGAAGCCGGAAACAUCUGCUCCCAUUUCUGCCUCGGCGUACCAAGAUCAGUUGAUCCUGCUGGGUUUAGAUGCUUCUGUCCCGGAGACAAUAUUCGGCUGACUGGAAGCAAUAACUCCAUCUGUGUUUGCCAGAAUGGAAGUCCUUUGCUACCAGACGGUGUCAGUUGCCAGCCUCGAAGAGAAUGCCAUCGUAGACAGUUCCAGUGCCAAACUAGCGGGGAAUGCAUUUUACUGAAUCAAGCGUGUGACGGGCACCAGGAUUGUGACGAUGGGUCAGAUGAAGAUAACUGUGAUGGUGGCUGUGGUGAUUGGGGUUACCAGUGUAAUAAUGGCCGCUGCAUACCUAAAUCGCAGCAGUGUGACGGCAUUCCAGGGGACUGUCCUGAGUAUGACGAUGAAAUUGUGUGUGAGAAUGUUCCAGAUUGGUGUGGUACAACACAACCUGACCCAUGCCCUGGGGUACAAUGUCUCAGCUUGCUGGCAGGACUACAGUGUAUUUGCCCUGAUAAUUACGUUCUUCUACCAGACAAUCGAACAUGUCGACACGCAUUCCCAACACCACCCAAGUUGUUGGUAGCUGCUCAGUUGAAGGUUCUGGAGGUUGAUACAUCGAGGUUACAAUUUGACGAUGUGCAGGGUCGGUGGAAUGACGUCGUUGGUAUAACCUAUGGUGGGGAAGAUGCAAUGUUUGUUGGUGAUAUUGCGCUUGAUACAAUCGACAGGUAUUUCACUAGUGGAGGAAAUGUUGGUCAGACACUUUUAGCAACGGACCGGACCGUGAUUUCUGGAAUAGCCAACACCUCCGAGGGGCUAGCAUAUGACUGGGUCAGUAAAAACCUCUACUGGGUGAACACAGAACAACCUGCGUCCAUUGAUGUUGUCAGUAACAAUGGCCAGUUCCCAUCAACGAAAAUCCUGAAGAAUUUGGACAAGCCACGAGAUCUCGCAGUGGACCCAAAAGAGGGGUACCUGUACUGGACUGACUGGGGAGACAAUGCAAUGAUCGGCAAAGCAGGUUUAGAUGGUUCUCAGCCUCUAAAACUGGUAUACACUAACAUUGGAUGGCCUAAUGGACUGACGCUAGAUUUCCAAGCUAGACGGGUUUACUGGGUGGAUAGUAAACUGGACAGAAUGGAAUACGCUGGGUUCGACGGUGACGGACGACGCAUUCUGAUUCAGAACAACCCGAAAGUACAGCACCCUUUUGGUAUCGCUCUUCACCAGCACAUGGUGUUCUGGGGCGACUGGAAUUCAAAAGAAGUUACCAUCGCCAACAAGUUUACUGGAGAGAUACUGGAUUCUAUUCAGUUAGACACUAGACCUUUAUUUAUGUCAGCAAUUGAACACCGGUCCGAGUUUGGAGUUAUCCCUAACCGAUGUCUGAAUAGUACCUGCUCCCAUAUCUGCCUUCCCUCCCCCUCAAAACUGACGGACUAUAUCUGUGCAUGCCCUCAGGGCAGCCUUCUGGAUUGGACCAAACGGACCUGCCUCUGUGAAAAUGGAGGGCGCCUGCUGGAGGAUGGAGUCAGCUGUGAGGAUCCAAAACCGUUACCCCUUCAAGUGAGUGGAUUAACGACGCGGUUCUUAGCCAAACAAGGAGUUGGUAAUGACUUUGAUCUUCAGUGUACGAUCACUCAGAAUGCAGUGGAAUGUAUCCCUAAAGGCAUAGAAGAGAAUCCGAGCCCGACUCAAGAAGGGACUUAUCAAUGCCAAGUGCCGUAAACCUAAAUGAAAUAGUUUACUUUUUGUUUUAUUGAGGGGGUAUUUUUAUGGAACUAUGUUCUUUCAAUAAAUUCCAGGGCCCAAUUUUAUAGAGCUGCUUUUUCAUUUAAGCACAAACAGUAGCAAUGCAAAACAAAAUCAUGC